GCACAUAAACAAAAUACUACUACACCACAAAGGGGUUAAGAUUCUGAGUCAAAGCUUGACAGUCUCCCACGCCGCCCCCAAAUCCCAACAUCUCUUUUCAGCCAAGGACCAAACAAAUCGAGAAACCCUAAGAAAUGAUUAGCUCAGUGGCGAAGCAUGUAUCCACCAUCUUCAAUCGACCGAACGUAGCCUUGUUGAACCCACUAAGUUGGGAGCAGCAGCUACAACAAUGGCGGGGCAUACGGGUGAAGGUGCGGAACAACAACCUAGACCAAGCACUGUUCUUGAUGCAGAGAAAAAUGCAGUCCAGCGGAAUGGAACGCCUCAUAAAGCGUGAACAGCUUCACCACAUCAAGAACUCGGAGAAGCGUGUCUUGGCUCGUAAGCUCCUUGAACGUAAACUCCGUUCUCAAGACCUUGCUCGUAAGCUCAAAUCCAUCCUCAUCAAGAAAGUCAGGGGUUUAUAAAGGAAGAUGUUCCAGCAGAGUUUUCUUCAUCAACUUUCUGGACUUGGCUGGCUGAUUGCUACUGAACCACCAUUUUCUUGCACCUUGUUACGUGGACUACACUUUUGAGAAUAAUGUUUUCAUUUCUAUUAGAUUUCUAUCAUUGAUGUAGAAUUUUGGCAAGUGUUAGUGGAAGUUCAUUUUGUUGAAAUAUUAUAAUUUUAGUCUGUUUUGUUUAUGCAAUGCUUCUCUGUACGCCCACAUUUGUCAGAUGCACCAUUUAAAUUGCUGUUCAUACUAAUAUCAGGAUAAAAAAUAUUCAGGUUC